AUGAAAGACUUCACCGAAAUCACGCUUUGCCCCGAGGCUCUGGACGGCAGCAAGGGUGCCACUGAUGGUCCCCGCGUGUCUCCUCCGCGGGUCCCCAGGGUGCCACCCGCUCUCGCUGUCCCACAGACAGAGUUCUGCAACCCCGUUUUUGAGGGCGAGGAGCCCCGGGAGGCACCGAGCGCGGAGCACCCGCCGGACAAGGAUGGGACCGGCUCCGCACCGCGCCGGGACGGCCUCGGCCAGCAGCUCUGGGCACGGGUGGACUGGAGGUACCGCGCCGACUGCAAGUUCACCUGGCUCUGCGUGGCUCUGAUGAGCGCCAUCCUGCUCUUCCUCAUCGCCCUCCUGCUCGGCAUCGUCAUCCACCAGCUGACGUCCCCACAUCCACCCGGUGGCAGUGCCACGGCCCUGCCUGCCCGUGGCACUGCCACCACCGCCACAGCACCCAUCCGAAGGGACCCCCCGGCCCCCAGAACAGCUGCCGCCCCAACCGAGAGCUGGCUGCCCACGGCCCGCCCAGCAGCACCGGCCUGCGGAGGGACCCUGCGCGGCCCCGAGGGCUCCUUCAGCUCCCCCAACUACCCCGGCCCCUACCCCCCCAAUGCCCUCUGCAUCUGGCACAUCGAGGUGGGCGCCGGCCUCGCCAUCCAGCUGAGGAUGGAGACCUUCAGCGUGGAGGGCACGGCCUCCUGCCUCUUCGACCGCCUGGAGCUCUACGAAGAGCAGGGCACCGGUGGCGCUGCCCCUGCUCCAGCCCGGGGGAGCCCGACCAGGUUUUGUGGCAACGUGCCUCCCCCGACCUUCAACACCGGCUCAAACCGCCUGCGGGUCACCUUCGUGUCCGACAGCAGUGUGGGCGCCCAGGGCUUCAGCGCCCGCUACCGCGCCGUGGCCCCGGCCGAGAAGAGCUGCGCCUGGGACGAGCACUUGUGUGACCGGGGGCUCUGCCUCCAGCUGGGCUUCGUGUGCGACGGCUUCCACGACUGCACGGACAGGAGCGACGAGGCCAACUGCAGCCUGAAACACAAAGAGUGUGGGGGGCCGCUGACCGCCUUGGAGGGGCACUUGUCCACCCCGAACCACCCGCAGCCAUACCCGCACCAGCAGCUGUGCCUCUGGCAGAUCUCGGUGCCCCUGGGCCACGUCAUCGACCUGCACUUCCACAACUUCAGCCUGGAGUCGCACGAGGACUGCAGCUUCGACUUCGUGGAGGUGCACGACAGCGCGGGCACGGGCACUGCCAGCCUCAUGGGCAGGUUCUGUGGCCACCAGCUGCCACCUGCCCUGACCUCCUCGCGGCACGUCAUGACCGUGCUCUUUGUGGCAGACGAGGGAGUUGCAGAUGAAGGAUUCUUUGCCACCUACCAAGCCCGCAAUGCCACAGAGAAGACCUGCAGCCCUGCCGAGUUUUCCUGUGGGAAUGGCGAGUGCCGGGCGCUGGAGUCUGUGUGUGACGGCUGGCACGACUGCCCCGACGGCACUGACGAGCUGAACUGCACCGGGGUGUCCUACCCGGCCUUCGGGUCUAUCUGCGAGCCCGUGGAGGUGGAGAUGUGCCUGGGGCUGGGCUACAACGCCACCUCCUUCCCCAACAUCUGGCUGGCCAUCCCGGACCAGGAGGGAGCCGCCGAGGUGCUGCAGGACUACCAGACGCUGAUGGAGCUGGCGUGUUACCAGCACCUCCGCCUGCUCAUCUGCAGCCUCUUCGUGCCCAAGUGCACCCCGGACGGGGGCGUGCUGCAGCCCUGCCGCGCCGUGUGCCUGGCGGCGGAGCUGCGCUGCCAGCAGUCCCUCGGCCUCCUCGGCAUCCUCUGGCCCAUCAACUGCAACAUCCUGCCCGACUCCAGCGACCCCGUAGAGUGCUUCCAGCCCUGAGCCGGCCAGAGGAGAGCAGCAGGGGCUGAAGCCACCCUCCCCACCCCAAAUGCCCCUCCUGUGCGCUUCCUGAGUAAAUACCCAGCUGUUGGGGUGACCCCUCAGCUGCCCUGGGGUCA